GGAAACAACUUUCUCGCCUUACUAAAGCGCCGUUGAAUCUCUCUAUAACCACUAACUACCAACUACCUAGGUCCCUAGGUACGGAGACUAGCUCCCAUAGCACACUGCCAGAUGACGUCACUCUGAACACAGACAGCUUGCGCUCUGAGGCUGCUAAUGCCAGUUGAUGCUUUUGGUGUCUUGCUAACCAUAAAGCAAUGACACUUGCCUUACGUCAAAAACAAGGCAAGCUAAAGUUACACUCCAUGACUGAAGAUGGCGGCAGAUAUCAAAACAGGUGUUUGAAUGAGAAUCUAGAUAAUAGUGCUAACUACAUAGGUACUUGAUACCAAGGCUUCCUAAAACAGGCUGCCUUCUAGUAGACUGAACUUUACAGGCUCACUUAAUUCUUCUCAUCUACACACCAGAUGUUUUCCGCUCGUUGCAACACUAUUUCAACCACAAGUCGCCUAUGGAAUACCCUUUCACAUGGCUCAUCGAGGUGUCUGUCGGGCAUCUCGACUGCGAAGCAAGGCGUGACCUUGCUGCAGGAUAAGAACGAUGGUUUUGGCUUUGUUCGCUCGAAUCCCCGGCCGGCCAAACCCAGGACCAAGGGGGUCACAGAGAUCAGAGGACCAUACUAUACCGUAAUGGGGAAACGGUACCUAGCUGACGUGCUCGAGACGAUGGGCAGCUAUAUCGACGGCUUGAAGUUUGCAGGCGGAUCGUUCUCUCUCUUCCAGGAGCAGCCACUCCGGGAUAUGAUUGAGCUUUCCCACGAGCACAACGUCUACGUGUCGACGGGCGGCUGGGCAGAGCAUCUUCUAACACACCCAGACGUCAACAGCAUCUUCGACAGAUAUCUUCAGAAGUGCAAAAAUCUAGGCUUCGACGUGAUUGAGCUCUCGUCCGGAUUCCUCUCUUUACCCCCGGACGACUGGCUGCGUCUCGUCGACAAGGUCCACUCGUACAAACUGACGGCCAAACCCGAACUGGGAAUCCAGUUCGGCGCCGGCGGCGACACCCCAGCAGCCGGGCUUGAGGCCCUCGGCACCUCGGACGCAGGCAAAUUGGUUGAUUUGGGCCACCGGUUCCUGAACGCCGGCGUAGAGCGCCUGAUGAUCGAGUCCGAGGGUAUCACUGAAAACGUCACCUCGUGGCGCACCGACGUCGUCUCACAGGUGAUGCAGAAGCUGCCUCCGGAACGCGUCAUGUUCGAGGCCGCAGACCCAAAAGUCUUCAACUGGUACAUCCGCGAGUUCGGCAUCGACGUCAAUCUCUUCGUCGACCACAGCCAGAUCGUCCAGCUGUCCUGUCUGCGCUCUGGCAUCUGGGGAACUGCCGAUACCUUUGGCAAAGUGGUCUCAUUCCGGCCAGACACGAUCCCUGGCGCGCGUCUUCGCUGUCGCCAGGCGUGCGACAGCUGCAAGCGAAGGAAGCAGAAAUGUAACGGCGAGCAGCCGUGUGCGAUCUGCGUGCAGCGAAACAAGGCGUCGGAGUGUCAUUUCUCGGACAAGCCAGCUCGUCUGCUGAAGCCGGACCAUGGACUCAAAGAGACAGCGGGGCUGCUCAGCGAAAGCAUGGAAGGCCACUCUACCACUGUCCAGGGAGAGACAGCUAUGGACCGAUUGCUGAACGCGCUGGAGGACCAGGGCAUGGCCACGCUGGACCAGAGCAGCCGGGGAGGCGACAAGGACGGGGCGGCCCCCGUGCCCAAGGUAUCACGACUGUUGCGCGACGGCCAGGGGAAGUUCAUGUACGUCGGCGACUCGGCGAGUCUGUCGUUUCUGCAGAGCGUGCGGCGUAUUGUCGCCUCGUCGAUUGGCAGCUGCGGCUUUACAGAGGAUAACCUGCGCCAUUCGAUGUUGGAAGCUUUUCCCAUGGCGCCGACCGCGCAACCGGGCGGCCUUGUGCCGCCGCCAGCCCGCGAGGACGCCCGGGCGCUCGCUCAUCAGUACGUGCUGGCCACCAGUCCCUUGUUGGACCUGUUUGAUCUGAACGAAUUCUAUCCACGGCUCGCCGAUUGGGUCGAGAACCCUACUGGAAAUGAGGAACUCGUCAGCUCGAUCUUCUACCUGGUGCUCGCCAUCGGCGCACAGGUCUCGAGCACCGAUCAGACGCUGGCGGAGCAGUACUUUGUCAGUGGGCGCCAUUUGGCGUACGCCGCGUUUACAGAGACCCCCAGCCAGUACACGAUUCAGUCCUAUAUCCUUAUCUCCAUGUACAUGCUGGGCGCGUGUCGCCGGAACGGCGCGUUCAUGAAUCUGGGCAUCGCGCUCCGCGCUGCGUACGCGGUCGGCAUCCACCGCAAGGACGCCAACGCCCUCUUUUGUACGAGGGAACGCAUCGCUCGAGAGCGGGUCUGGCGCAGCCUGCGGAUGUUGGAUCUCUUCCUCAGCGCCUCGCUCGGGCGCCCUCCCGGGACCUCGGACUUUGACUACGACCAGCGCGAAGACCCCAGUGCACAGGUGCCCGCACAGCAGCAUUCCUCGUCGGACGAGCACGUUGCCGCCGCCGUGGUGGCCCUGUGCCGCAUCUUCGAGCGCAUCCUGUCGGACGUCUACAUGAAACAGGUCGUCUCAAUCAGCGUGGCGGAAACCAUCUCCAACCAGCACCGCCAGUGGGUGCUGCGCCUCCCGGAUUUCCUCAAGGCGCAGAGCGAGGGUGUCGACGCCCAGCAGCUUGAAGGGGCCCUCUCCGUCGCGCACAUCUUCGGCUCGUACUACUGGUCGAUCAUCCUCCUGACGCGGCCCUUCUUCAUCUACCGCGUGUCCCGGUACGCCAAAGGCAAGAGCCACAGCCAGAGCGGCGCAUCCAGCGCCAUCAGCACCCCGGACGCCCUCGCCGGUAAUUCGCGCGUCUCGCUGUUCGCCGACGCGUGCGUCUACUCCGCCCUGCGCGGCCUGGAGGUCGUCAACGGUCUGACGCGGUUCCCCUCCCUGCCCCGUCGCCUCCCUUUCCUCAUCAACUCCGUCUUCAACUCGGCCGUCGUGCUCGGCGCAGCCUUCUUCGCCGAUUACGACAGCCUCCUCCCCUUGGAAGACGGGCUGACCAAGGCCGAGCGGUUUCUGGCCAUCUUCGCCCCUCACGACCCGCACGCCCGCCGGUUCAUCCAGAUCGUGGAAUACCUCCGCGGCGCGGUCACCGAGUACGUCCGCUGCCGCAACGCGCAAUGGAUGGCGCGCCGCAGUCACCAGGUCGACCAGCUGUUCGGCCAGGUGGGCUCCGCAAAGGAUGUGCCGCCUCUGGACCUAGCCGCCCCGGCCGUCGACCUAAGCAGCCUGGAGGAUCUCCGUCGCGCCAGCGAACAGGGUGUUUUGUCUCCAUCUUCACUAGACAAGUACUCGCGCUCUUCUCUCCCGUCGCAGCCUCCGCCGGAGUCAGCGUCAACGUCAAACACGAAUACAAAUACAAAUAUCACUGCCGGCAGCAGCAACAGCAACGGGCCGCCCCCGACCGACGUCUGGGACGCGGCCUUUGACAACGUAGCCCCGGGACUACAGUACCCCACGCAGUUGACGCCCGAGGCCAUCUCCGCCCUGACCACCACGGGGCUCCCCAUCGGCUGCCCCUCGCCUGGCGGCACAAUCCCUGGCCCCGGGCAGCCGCCUAUCGGGGACCUUUCGGCCUCGGGCGAGGGUCGCACGCCGCUCUCCGACGUUGUAUUUGCGGACAACGGCCUGCUGUACGUUGCGGAGGAUUUGCCGGGCUUCGGCAUGUGGGGGAAUUCAUGA